AUAUUUGAUCAGGAUUCAAAAAUGUCAACUCAUGAAUUUAGCGCUUUAGCAACUAGAUAGUGCUAACGUGAUAAAACUUGAGCUUUUACUUUUUUGUGAUACUUUGGAACGUGCUUUCUUUAAUGGUCGGAUUAAAGGAGAGGUUUUCAUUCAUAAAAAACAGUUGAUGUAACCCAGUAAGCGUCCAGCCAUGGCCAAAAGCAAGUUUGAAUAUGUGAAGCAGUUUGAGACAGAAGAUCGACUUCUACCAAACUGCUGGAUUGUUGUUCGUAUUGACGGCAAGGGAUUCCACAGGUUUUCAGAACAGCACAAUUACAUCAAGCCAAAUGAUGACCGUGCUCUUGACCUGAUGUCGAAGGCAGCAGAGACUGUCAUGGAGGAGUUUAAAGACAUUGUCUUGGGGUAUGGACAGAGUGACGAAUACAGCUUCGUGUUCAAGAAAUCUACCAAUGUCUACAAUCGAAGGGCAAGCAAGCUAGCCACGAAUGUUGUAAGCCUGUUUGCGUCUUCAUUUGUGUACUUCUGGCCUCGCUAUUUCGGGACUCAGAUGAUGCAGUACCCCCCUGCGUUCGACUCGCGUACAGUGAUUUACCCCACAGACAAAAACCUCCGAGACUACCUCAGCUGGCGACAGGCAGACUGCCACAUCAACAACCUAUAUAACACCUGUUUCUGGAAGUUGAUACAAGAGAAAGGACUCACGCCCGCACAGUCUCAGGAGAGGCUUAAGGGCACAAUGUCAAGCGACAAGAAUGAGCUGCUAUAUAAAGAAUUUGAGAUCAACUACAACAACCUGAGUGCCCUGCACCGGAAGGGAACCAUCAUCAUACGCACCCCCAAGCAAGAUCAGGAGAAUGGUGACCUUGACAUUCUAAAGUUACAGUUGACCCCCUCAGGUUCUUCCACUGCACGUGGAGGUCUCAGUUCAAGGUCACCAAGGCCAAUGACAGGUGGUGCAAGGUCAGUCAAAAGGUCAAGGCCAGAUAUACAGAGACUUCAUAUAGACAUGAUCGGCGAACAGUUUUGGACAGACUUUCCAGAGAUUUUAGAUCCUCCAAAAAGAUAGCCUAUAACAAGACUUCUAAAGUGUUUGUAUAACUUGGGAACUUUGUGGAUUUUAUGAGUUACAGUGAGUUUAUCUUGAUUUGAUCAGUCUGGGAAAUUACCAGUUGAUCUAAAAGCUGUGAUAGUCUUGUUUUAGUUAGGAGAGUUGGUGAUGUCUCCGCAAUCCUCAUGUUUACUGGAAUUUGAUAGUGUCUCUUGUCAAACUUGUUCUGAAUGUUUGCUUUCUUAAACAUUUUCUUAAUUUAAGAAAGAUUUUAAUGAACAUAACAUGAUCAUACAAGCGCAAGCCAGGAGGAUCAUGCACUCCUUAUAAAAACCAUCUGUUUUGUACAUAAUCUUAUUUUACACCUUGCGUCAAAUUCAUUUGGAUAUAAAACGCUUAAAGGUGAUUUUAUUGUAUCAAUUUGAUUUUGCAAUACAUUUAGAUAUUAUUUUUAACUUACUGCAAUUAGCUUUGUCUAAGAUACUAAUCUUGACAUAUCUUUGUUGUAUAUAGAUUUAAAUCAAAUUAUAUUUGUACAUUUAUGAUUUUAAAUAAAAACAACACUACUUGAACUUAGUCUUCUGAUAAAUAAGAAUAAUGGCGUUUGCUUCAGAACCUUGUUAAAGUUACGAUAUCGUCAUUAACUUUGAAAGGCGAUAUAUUUUACGUUGUGCUCAUGUAAAUCAAGCACAGCUGAACCAGUUGUUUUAAAAUUUUGUAAGAAUUUAAGUUCUGCAGAUCACAAGUGUGUCCAUGAAACCUGCUGAGUAGUAAUACUUGACUGUUAACAUUGAUGAAGUUAAAGUUGCACUCUCACAGAUUUACCGUUUUUACAACUUUUUCAUUUUUUGUCUUGGAAUGAGCCAAUUUUUGCGUAAAUAUUUGCAAACCAGUGAUUAAAGACUGCUGACAAAAAAUCAGAUCAUAGAUUUUCAUAUUUCCGUUAGAAAAUUAAUGUUUUAUGGCUUAAACCGUUACUAACGGUUUAAAAAAAAUGCAUAAAACAUCAAUUUUUGAACUUAAAUAUAAAAAUCUGCGGUCUGAUUUUUUGUCAGCAGUCUUAUAUAACUGGUUUCUAUAGAUUUUCCCAAAAAUUGGCUUGUUCCAAG